UUUUUGUAUAUAAAUGCCUGUUAAGUAUGAGAAAUAGUAUCAGUUCUAAAUUGUUUGUACAACAAAUCAAAGAAGACUUACACAAAAAACCCAUCUACAAAAUGAAAUUCCUUAUCUGUUUAGCUCUUUUCAUCGCAGCUGCUCAAGCUGGUGUGUUGGCUCCUGUCACUACUUAUAGUGCUGUAGCUCCUGCUUACACCACUUAUGCUGCUGCCGCUCCUGCCUAUACAACUUAUGCUGCUGCUGCUCCCGCCUACACUGCCUAUGCUGCUGCUCCUGCUUAUAAGACUUCAGCUUAUACCACCUAUUCGGCUGCUGUUCCUACCUAUACCUCUUCUGUUUAUAGUGCUGCUCCUUUAGCUUAUACAGCUCCAGUUGCCACUUACUCUACUUUAUUGAAAAAGUAAUUUAGUUGAAGGAAGAUUUAUUGAACUGGCUUUGUUGUAAUGAUUUUUAAAUGAAUAAAUAAUAUAUUUUUUAAUAAUA